GAGUAAAAUGUUGCUUUUUCACACGCUUUAUUAGAGCUAAUAGUUUGAAUUUGAUACAUGUCUGGAACUGGUGAGCUUCACCUACUCUCCAGAUUGAGAUGCAAGCUAUCAAUGGCACUGCAGAGCUCUCUUACAUGUUCCAUGGACAUUUAACGUGCAACAGUGAGAUUAUGCUGAUAACUGUCAGGAUGUCAGGCAGAAGAGUAGUGGUAUUCCCCUCAGCAGCAGAGCUUGGUCCAGCUCUGGCUCACCUGGUAGCAUCUCGGGCAGACAAGGCCCUGUUGGACCAUGGCCGGUUCUCCCUGGGCCUCUCAGGGGGCAGCCUGGUGUCCAUGCUCAGCAAGGAGCUGCCUGCCCUGCCAGACCUGGACUGCAGCCACUGGCUAGCAGGGUUCUGUGAUGAGAGGCUGGUUCCCUUCAACGAUGGAGAGAGUACCUAUGGACUGUACAAGAAUCAGUUGUUCUCCAAAAUCAACAUCCCAGACAGUGGGAUCCUGGCGAUUGACCCCUCUUUAUCUGUACAGGAGUGUGCUGAGGAUUAUGCCCGCAAACUGAAGGAGGCCUUCCCGAAGGAGGAUAUCCCUGUGUUUGAUCUGUUGCUGUUGGGCAUGGGGCCUGAUGGACACACCUGUUCCCUCUUCCCAGACCAUCCCCUGCUGGAGGAAACCCAGAAAAUUGUGGCCCCAAUCGGUGACUCGCCCAAGCCCCCACCACAACGUGUGACCAUGACAUUUCCCAUGGUGAACUUAGCCCGCUGUGUGGUCUUUGUGUCAACAGGGGGCAGCAAAGCACCAGUGCUAAAGCAAGUGCUGGAGGGUGGGGAAGGCCCGGCACUACCUGCAGCCAGAGUGGUCCCCAGCCACGGUGAGCUGUUCUGGCUCAUAGAUGAACCAGCCGCUGCCUCCUUGACACUCCAGGUGGAGAGACCAGGCUCUGCAGCAAAACUCUAAAGACCAAAGAGAAGGACAAAAAGGAAUUGAAGAACUCAACAUUCACAGAGAAAAAUGUACAGGAUAUCACUGAACAUUCCUGUUUCUAUUUGACAGUGUUAUGUUUUAGACGUGAGAUUAAAACCUACAUAUCAUGAAAAUGGGAUGUAAGUGAAUGAAUGAAUAUGAAAAACAUUGGAUUGUUAACACAUCCGUUGUAGAACUGUGCUGAGUGUAUGUAUCAUGAUGGGAAAACCAUUUGAAGUAGUUGCUGGAUAAUUCAUUCCAGAUCAAACAGUGUAACGUCAUAAUAAUACAAAUAGAUUUACUAUUAAAGUUUCAGGGUUCUGAUUUCAUGAAAACUUUAGUGUGUACAAUCUUGUGGAACUGUUUGGGAUUCCAACUAGCUCAGCCAGAAAGUCUCCAUAUGGGACCAGUGUUUACUUUGUUACUAAUCUGUUGACCUCUGUACUUUAAAGUUCGACUUUGCAUUUGACUAUCAAAGUGGGCGAUAACAUUUUGGGCAUGCAAUUCUGUCUAACCAAAAAAUGUAGGAUUUUGAUGGUAAACUGAAGUGGCACAUGCCCUUAGCUAAAGGGUACAAUGGUGAAAAUAAAUAAUUGUAUAGAAUUCUCAAUAUUAACAUUAAGAACUGAUGAAUAAAGGUAAAACAAAUCAUUUGCUCAA